AUGUUGCGAGCGGCGGCGUCGAGGUGCGCCCGCGGUGCCGUCCGGCGGCUGUCGUCGUCUGCGGCGGCGGAGGCUUCACCAGUCGCUGUGGGGUCGCGGCGGAAUCCUCUCGUCGACGAGGGUGACUGGUCGUACUAUCGGGAGUGGUGGGGCGAGGAGGACGGCCCCGGCGAGGGGGCGCAGACCGUCUUCCGCCGCUACUCCGAGUGCGGCAACGGCGUCGUCUCCGUCUCCGCCUACCCCGCUUCCCAUGUCAAGAGUAUGGUAUCAGCAGGAUUGACAGCGCUUCCUUGUUCUUCAUAUGAUCUUCCACAAGCAGCAUCUGGACAGAACACUAUGAAAAUUCUGUGCAUCGGCCAUGGUGGCGGAACCUUACCAUUGUUUUUGGCUAGCAAGUUCAGAGGUGCUACCAUCCACAUUGUGGAGAUUGAUCCAGUGGUUGUUUCAGCUUCAAUUGAAUCCAUGGGUUUCCCCAUGUCAUCUGUUAAAGGCUUAUCGUCUGAGUCCAUGCUACCUGCCGACGCUGAUGAUCUAUUAUGGGGAGGCAUACAUGACCGCAUUUUCCUGCACAUAGCAGACGCUGAGGAUUUCAUCGCCAACGACAGCAACGAAUAUGACAUUGUCUUCAUCGACGCCUACGACGGAGACGACGUAUUUCCUCGCAAGCUCUGGGACGUCGACGGGGCAUUCAUGAAGAACCUAGAGAAGAAAGUGCACCCCAUCCACGGCGCCGUGGUCGUGAACUUGCACUCCGAUUCAGAGCUGCCAGCCUCCGAGGCAGAAGGCAAUGCCGAUUUCCAGAGCAUACUUCCCAUGGGCAGGCACGUCUCCCAGGUCUGCAGGGCUUACAAGCAGCACUUUGGGCUGGCCUUCACAGCCGCCGUUCCGUGGCUCUGCAACAUCACUCUCGUCGCCUGCCGUGACAAGGGGAUGACGAGCGGCGCGUGCCUGGGGCUGAGCCACCGGGAUUUCGUUCUUGGCAAGCUUCUGUCGAGAUCCGAUAUGGUGGAGCGUGCGCUGGACCUGCCGUUCCCAUGCCUGCCGUACAUCAAGAACGGUUUUACGAUGGUUCACUGA